AGUUCUAUGGCUGAAGCAUACCGUCAUCCAUUUCCUUAUACCCUAGCUUUGGUUAUUUUAUUGUUAAUGUUUUAAACACAAAAAUUGUAAACUCGUCAUUGAAUGUUUUAUGUUUCAAUCUCCUUAAUACUUGGUAAAUAUAUCAGAAUGGGAAUCGAGUCAAUUAACAACAGAUCCCAGCCUGCUUCGAGACUCGCCGUUCGCUGGCUUGGUAGUUGUAGUUCAACAGACGAGAUCGUUUCCUUGUACACUAUUUAGGCUACAUUAGUUGGAAUCUACACUUUCCAGGCAAACAGAUGUAAAAUUGUCGACCAGGACUGAAUUUAUGGAAACAUGUCAAAGAAACGGGGAAGGAAGCGCAGCAGCGGGGAACUGAGCGAGAGCUGUGCGUCAACGCUCACCCCGGACCCCGACAACCUGCUGGGCCUGAGGAUCCAGCACACGUGGCGGGAGAAAGGCAACCUGACGACGUGGAAGGGCACGGUGCUGGAGCGGCUCACCGUGAGGAACACGCUGUACAUGGUGAAGUACGACGGCUUCGACUGCGUCUACGGCAUCGAGCUCUUCAAGGACGAGCGGGUGUCCAAUCUGCAGGUGCUGUCGGAGAAAGUCGUGAACAACAGGAUCAAGGUGCCCGCGGGAGCGGAGGAGCUGGUGGGCCGGGCCGUGGAGCACCUCUUUGAGAAGGAGGACGGGGAGAAGAACGAGUGGCGGGGCAUGGUGCUGUCCCGGGCCCCCAUCAUGACCCACUGGUACUACAUCACCUACGAGAAGGACCCCGUGCUCUACAUGUACCAGCUGUGGGAUGACUACAAAGAUGGAGACCUGCGCAUCCUCCCAGAGUCCGAGAACAAGCACCUGCUUCCCGCAGACAGGAAGCCCGGCGAGGAGACGGAGAGCCUGGUGGGUAAGCAGGUGGAGUAUAUCACAGACAAUGGUCUGAAGAGAACAGGCCUGGUGAUCUACCAGGUCCCGGCCAAGCCCACCGUCUACUACAUCAAGUACGACGACGACUUCCACGUCCACGUCUAUGACCUGGUGAAGACCACCUAGUGCUAGUCCAAGCCCCCCGUCACAGCUCUGUUAACCCUGCAGUACAUAACCAGGGGCUCUGAUCAUGUACUGCAGUGUUAACGGAGCUGUUUAACCAACGGGAGAAUACGAGCCCCAGCUAUAUAGUUAGGCCCUACAGGUAACUCCUUUAUAAGUUCAUACUGGCAAGUGAACGCUAUUUCUAUUUAUUUGAAUGGCACUUAACCAACAUUUCGGUUUUGGUACUUUGUUUCUCAUUAACAACAAGAGGGGUACAGAGGGAGUGCUUCACUUAUUUUUUGUUUAGUCUCACUAUUGAAACUCCAAAAUCUUGUUGCAUAAAUCCGAAUCCUACUUUAACUUCUUUGCUUUAGUGGGCAUUUAUUUUGUAUGCAAUGCUAUUUAUUUCAUCUUGAUAUGGUUGUACUGGUCAUCGUACAAUUUAUUUUGGUGAAAUGUCAAGUGCUUCAUAAUGUGCUGUUAUUCCCACGUCAGAAUUCCUAAUAAUCAAAGAGAAUUCAAACCUAGAUGCGAUCCGUCAUGCUCGUUAGCGCACAUUAUUUAAACUUAUUUUAUAUCUAACUGUAUUCAGAUAGGGAACAAACCGAAUUUCUAUUGUCUCAUCUUGAGAAAUCCGUAAUUGUUAUUUGAUAUACUAUUAAAAUGUUUAUCUAAAUGUGUCCCAUUAUCUAGAUUAUCAUUUGUUACAGGCAUUUGUAUGUUGGUAAAUCUUUCUCUUUGCCAUAAAGGAAUACUGUGACAGGGAUGUACCAAUAACGAGACUUAUGCAUCUGAUAUCAGUUCAAAACAAGGUUGUACUAUGGUAUUGUUUACCUUUUUAAGAGCAUUUCCUCUGAUACAAACAAUGUGAUGUCUGUGAUUUUUGGUCUUCUAAAAAAUAUUGAAUUGGUUGAUACUUGGUUAUUAAUCUAAACCGACGGACUGCGGAAAACAGUGGUGGUGGUGCAUCCCUGGUGAUCUUAUCAUUGAGUUAUCAUUUACUGUGACCCUGCAUGUGUAUUGUCUUUUGUAAAUAUAAUGUUAAACAUUUUUAAACAACA